AGCGCCAUGGAGGCCUGUGCGGGCGGCGGGAGCGGCGGCGGCGCGGCGGGACGGCGCUGGUACUUCACCCGCGAGCAGCUGGACCGCAGCCCUUCGCGCCGCGCCGGGCUCGACCCCGACAAGGAGCUCUCGUACCGGCAGCAGGCGGCCAACCUGCUGCAGGACAUGGGGCAGCGCCUCAAUGUCUCCCAGCUCACCAUCAACACGGCCAUCGUGUACAUGCACCGCUUCUACAUGGUGCAGUCCUUCACCCAGUUCCACAGGAAUUCGGUGGUACCAGCAGCGCUGUUCCUGGCAGCCAAGGUGGAGGAGCAGCCUCGCAAGCUGGAGCACGUUAUCAAGGUGGCCCACGCCUGCCUUCACCACCAGGAAACCCUCCUGGACACCAAGAGCGAGGCUUACCUGCAACAAGCCCAAGACCUGGUCAUUCUAGAGAGCAUAAUACUGCAGACCCUGGGUUUCGAGAUCACCAUCGACCACCCCCAUACCCACGUGGUGAAGUGCACCCAGCUCGUGCGAGCCAGCAAGGACUUGGCACAAACUUCCUAUUUCAUGGCUACCAACAGCCUGCACCUGACCACCUUCAGCCUGCAGUACACCCCUCCCGUUGUGGCCUGCGUCUGUAUCCACCUGGCUUGUAAAUGGUCCAACUGGGAGAUCCCAGUCUCCACGGACGGGAAGCACUGGUGGGAAUACGUUGAUGGCACUGUAACUCUGGAGCUCUUAGAUGAACUGACCCACGAGUUCCUGCAGAUCCUGGAGAAGACUCCCAACCGGCUGAAGCGCAUCCGGAACUGGCGGGCCUCGCAGGCAGCAGCCAAGAAGUCAAAGCCUGACGAGCACGGGGAGGACGAGAGCCUGUCGGAGCAGACCAUCCUCAACAUGAUCUCCAGGAACAACAGCUCGGACAUGAACAUUGCUGGCCUGAUGAGCAUGUCCACGUCCUCCACCGCCGCCGCGGGGCCGUCCCUGCCGGCAGCCCCCGACUCGCCCGGCGACCCCGGCGCCUCUGACCUGUCCCAGCCCGAGCACUGGCACCCUCCCCCGAAGCUGGAGAUCGGCCAGAGCCACAGGACUAACGACAGCUCCUCCGAGCAGCCUCCGCAGCAAGAUGGCGCUGGUUACCAGAAGCAGAGCGGCAAGAACGCGCCGUCGGCCAAGGUGUCGCUGAAGGAGUACAGGGCCAAGCACGCCGAGGAGCUGGCGGCGCAGAAGCGGCAGCUGGAGAACAUGGAGGCCAACGUCAGGUCCCAGUACGCCUACGCGGCGCAGAACCUGCUGGUGCAGCAGCAGCGCGAGCGGGAGGCGCAGCAGCAGGACGCCAACCCCUCGCCCAUCAUCCUCAAGAUCCCCGUCGGCGGCUCCGACAACCCCGAGCGCCCGCCUGGCCCCGACAAGAGCGACAAGGGCUCGGCGCUGAAGCUGCGGCUGCCGGGGGGCGGCGGGGACAGACCCCUCCCCUCCAAGCAGGACGAGAUCAAGAUGCGCAUCAAGGUGCCGGCGGCGGCCGGCGGGGACAGGCACGGCCCCUCGGAUGAGGGCGGCGGCAAGAGCCGCGAGCACAAGGAGAAGCAGCACAAGGGCCACUCGUCCAACCACCACCACCACCACCACAACCACCACUCGCACAAACACUUGCACGUCCCGCCGGGCGCCGGGCCCGGCAGCGCCGCCGCCAAGCGCCCGGCGCCGGACUCCAAGCACGGCGGCCAGCCCGGCGCGCUCCCACACAAGGGCUACGGGCCCCCGGCCCCGGCCCGCAAGAGGCCGCUGCCGGAGGAGCCGCCGGCGCACGAGCACCAGCCCAAAGCCGCCAAAGUGUCCAAAGGCCCCGGCGUGCCGUUCCCGUACCCGCACCUGCCCGGGCACGGCUCGGACGCGGGCGGCCUCCCCUUAGCCCAGCCCGGCAAAGCGCGGGGCGGCACCCACGGCAAAUCGGACAAAGGCCCCGCGGGGGCCAACGGGCACAGCGCCGGCCAGGCCAGUGACUACCAGGACACCGUCAACAUGCUGCACUCGCUGCUGAGCGCCCAGGGCAUGCAGCCCGCCCAGCCCCCCGCCUUUGACUUCCACGCCUACGGCGAGCUCUUGAACCCGCGCGCCUCCACCAGCUCCCGAGCUGCCGCCAACACGGACAAGCCCCGACCGCCCCCGCUGCCCUCAGAACCUCCCCCUCCCCUGCCCCCCCUCCCCAAGUAAAGCCGCCCCCUCCCUUUUUACUACUGAGUUUGUAGAGCCCGAGCCCGAGCCAGGGCUGUGCCCCUUCGGGGGGUGUGAAAGGGCUUUGUUCGGUCUCCACUGCCUCACAAAGAACUUAUUUUAUUAUAUGAUAACUUUUAUUAUUGAUAUUUAGAGUUGUUGAAGCUGUGAAAGGAUAAGAAACCCUUUCUCUGUUCCCUCCUCCCUCCCCCGUCCCGUCCCAGGCAGCGGGGGGGCUCUGGCCCUGCUGGAACCGAAGCCCCCUCUGCGGGAGGUGCGUUGUGGGGGGGGUCCCAGGGGGGAUAUUUAAAGUAUGUCACAGAAAAUUUAAGACAUUUUACAAAUAAUUUAAGCAGUAACUUAUA